AUGACUGACAUCUGCGCGCUCUGUUUGGGCGGCUCCAGCGAAGUGCCGCCGUUCGGCACCGCCCACGACGCCCAGGACUUUGUUCGGCCGUGCACAUGCUCGUUGGUGGUGCACCGGCGGUGUCUCUUGGACUGGUUCAAUUCGUUGCCCGCGGCGCGGGUUUCCAGGGCAAGCCCGGCCGACGAAGACGGCCUUGCAAUCCCUGCCGACGACGGCCUUGCAAUCCCUGCCGACAACGACGGUCUCGCAAACGGUGCCGCCAACGCCGCCUUCCCGGACGCCACCGACGACACGUUUCGCAGCAUCAGCAGCGCCUUUGGCGGCAUCAAUUUUUCCGGCAGCGUGCGGGUCAACAUGGGCGUGGCGGCGCCGUCGGUGCUCGAGGCGCCCGGGUUCCUUCUGGCGCCGUGCCCGCAGUGCAAGCAGGCGCUCUAUUUCCGCACGCGCGCGCUGGCGGCGCUCGGCAUGGUUUCGUUGGCGCGCGCCGCCCUCACCGACACCGUCCAGUACUCGGGCGCGCUAGUGGCGCUUACGGGCGCGGCCAGCGGCGUCUUGGCCGUCGGGUACGCCGGGCUCGCGCGAGCAGGCGCAUCGAUGUUGGACGCGCUUGUGCCGGCGUCGCUCCUCGGCCCGCUUUUCUUGCGCCGCGCGCCGCGCGCGCGCCCGUUUGCUCUUUCGCCGCCCGCCUGGGACAACUACAAACAGCACCUCAUUGUGCUCUUCCCCAUCGUCAUGUACCGCGCGCGCCUGGCGCUGAGUGUGGUGCGCUCGGACUGGCGCGACUCCGCCGCCUGUGCGCUCAGCGAGUUUUGGGUGUGCAACUAUCUUUCGUCGGUGGGCGACCACAAACUUGCGCGAGCGGUGUGGGCCAACAUGCGCGCGGCGUUUGGGGCGGCGGCCGCCGACCGGCGCAACUUGGCCCGCUUGUGCCAUCCGGCGGCUUUGGCCCGCGCCCUAGUGGCCAACAUCGACUGGUGGGACCCCAAGGUGUUGGUGGCGUCGAUGGUGCCUGUGCGGUGGGCGUACCAGCUUUUCUUCCGGGCCACCUUCAACCGGUGGUACUUUGACCUUGCGGCGCGCGCGCGCCCGCGCGAUAUCGCCAACACCGUUUCGCCGCGCGACUUGACGGCGCUCCAGGACUUGAGUGCGCGCCGCGCCGCGCUCUGGGCGCAAAUGGCCAAGGCGCACGGCCCGCUCGGGUUGUGGGCCAGUGUCAGGGCGGGCGGCGCCAGAGCCGGUUUCCGGUCCUUCUCCGCCUGGUGCGGCUUGGCCUGGCGCUUGGUCAAGACGCUGUUUUUGCUCGAGGCGCGCAAGUUCUCUGCCUGCUGCCGCAACGACUACUCGGCGGCGUUUUUCUACUCGCUGCUGGUGAUUACGGCCGUGACCACGGCGGUGUGGCCGUUUCUCGCGGCGGACGUCGGGCGCGUGGUGGUGCAUCUCCUAGCGCGGCGCUUUGGCGGCGUGCCGCGCGACCGCCUUGUGUUGGCGGCGAACUUGCUUGGAAUGGUGGCGGUGGCGUUGGCGAAGGACGUGGCCAACUGCUACUUGAGCGCGCAAAAGGCGCGGCAGAUCACCGACAUGGCCAUAGUGCGGCCGGCGGCGCGCGAGCCCGCCCUGGAAAGCCAGGCGGCCCGCCCUACGUUUCCCGGCGCAUACAGAGAAUAA